AAACAGAUACCAAAUCAUAAGUAUAAAUGCGUUAUCACUUCAUGGCAAAUUUGCAUUUAUUGAAAAUGUUUAGUGCACUAAUACUCUCCUUUGCAGCAUGUGGAACACACUUAACGAAAAUGAUAUUCCAAAAAUACGUUUAAGAAGAACAACAAAUGGUUUUAUACAAAAUGUGGCAAGGCUUCCAACUGUUGAGGAAAUUGUUGAAGAGAGUCGAAAUGCAAUUUUCCCAGAUGACGUAGAGAUGACUGAAAAUGGCUUGGAAAGCAUUUUAGAUCAGUUACGAGAAGAACAAAAUGCAGAUGAGCCACACGCAUUACCAGAAGAGGAACAACUAGAUAAUAAAUUGGUUCAUCCGCUGAUGGAAAUAUUUCCAGACGCAUGUCCACAAUUCAUACGGAAGAUUUGUAAAGGAAAGCGCCACUCGCCUGCUGUAAUGGACAAUUUAAUUGCCAAAAUCCUGGAUACGGAUAUGGAUUAUCCAAAACGGCAAAAAGUUGAAAGCCCACCGUGCCGUUUGAAUGCUUCCGAACAGCUGGAGCUAAUGAAGAGCAUACUUGUGGACGCUGAUCCGGAUUAUUUACAAAUGCAUUGCGAUCGUCUAAUAGAUAAUCCAGACGAACUUAAAGCAUUUGUGUCUGAAGCACUCGAAACACGAAACUAUCCUACGUUGAAAGAAUAUUUGAGGAAGAAACAAAUAUCCGCCCAACAAAACCAGUACACAAAUAAAUUUAGUGUCGCCAAAUUUCUAGAGGUAAUACCCGAUCCUUUUCAGUAUUUUGCUGAUUCAAAGCGUAAAGUGAAUGGAUUAGAUAAUCAUAGUCACCAUUAUGCUAUGUGUUACCUACGAAACAAAUUUGCAUUAGUAAGUGUGCGAUCAAUCCGCGAAUCCUUUAUUAAAAAUGAAGAAAGGUUUUUGGCAACUUGCAAAGAACUAGAAAGUUACCCUUCUUUCAAAAGAUUGAAAUCAAAGCGACCAAAGGUGGUGAUGCCUUCUGUAAUUCAAAACAUACCUCUUCUUCAAGAAAUUGCCUUCUAUGACCAUCAAGAGGAAAUAACGGAAUUUUUAAAUAAACGAAAAAUAGAAGAAGAGAUGGAACGUAAGCAGGCCAAAGCCGCGGGAUUAUUGCAAACGUGUGCUUGUUGCUACGACGAUGAAAUCAUGUUCAAAGAUAUCACUUCUUGCGAAGCUGGCUGUAUAUUUUGUAAAGAUUGUGUACGGAAAGGUGCGGAGGUUGCGUUUGGAGAUGGUAAAUUGGAUUUUCCCUGUCUUGGCGAUUGUGAGUCCCAUUUUAGUUUACAAGUUUUACAGGCUGUGCUUACCCCAAAAAUGUUUUCUGUCGUCGCUUUAAAGAAACAAGUCGAAGAAGUAAAAGCGGCUGGAAUUGACGAUUUGGAAACAUGUCCUUUCUGUGAUUUUGUCACUAUACCUGCUCGUGAUGAUAAAUUGUUUAGGUGCCUAAAUCCUGAGUGUAUGAAAGAGUCAUGUCGAAUGUGUAAGGAACCUUCGCAUGUGCCUUUACGUUGCGAUGAAGUUGAGAAGGAUGCAGACGUUAAAGCUCGGACAUACAUUGAAAAUAAGAUGACUGAAGCACUACUUAGAACCUGCUACAAAUGCGGUAUGAAGUUCAUAAAAUCAGACGGUUGUAAUAAGAUGACAUGUUCGUGUGGAGCUCUUAUGUGCUAUGUUUGUAAUCAACCUGUCAAAGAUUAUAACCAUUUUAACGGACCCGGUGGUGAUAAAACAAAUCUCUGUCCGCUAUAUAGCGAUACCAAUCAGCUGCAUAAGGAUGCAAUAUUAAAAAGUGCAGAAGAAGCUAAGAACGAUAUAGGAAUUAGCGUAGCCAAAAAGUUAAAAAUUGAUCCCACCGCUGAUAUUCAACACCACUAUAAGACGAACACAAAACCCGUUAUUCCAGCAGCUCCUGUUAAUCCCUUUUUAGGAUUGAAUCGUGAAGAUCUGCUUUUACAGGAGAGAGCAUUGCAAAUGUUUGAACAUUACAAUAGACGCCUGCAUCAUCGACGUGGCCAUCACUAGUUUUUAGAUUAUGUUUUGAAGUUAAUAGUGUGCAUAUAUAUGUAUUUUUGUACUGAAUUUUAUAA